AUGAUGCUGAUCCACUUAGACUCAGUUGAUGCUUCAGAGCAAAUUCAAGAAAGCGAACAUGAUACGACAUUGUCCCAGUAUUCUGAGUGAAGUACAGAAAGUUUAACCAAAGUGGAAGAGACUAAAGAAAUCAGCAUAGGAACUACAAUUUCUGAAUGCGACACUGAAGAGUUCCAUUCAUACUUGAUUUCUGGCUUAUAA